GCAGAAAGCGAGAGAGGCAGAACACAGUCAGACUCGCUGGUGUUAGGAUGUUCGUUCUGACUGCUAUUCGGAGGAAACUUGAAAACUCCUGCUAGAAGCAGACUGUAUUAUCAUUUCCUAUUACAGUAUACUCUUACGAAUUGUUACUAGUUAUUUCAACAAGUGUGUUUGCUUUUCACGUUUUUGUGUGAGCUUCGAGUUCUCGAAGAUGAUACGAUUUUCGAGCAGCGAUGUCCAGCGUACUGUAAUUAGUUGACUUGAUCAAUAUGAACUAGAAGAAUGGCCAUUUGAAGUCUGAUAGUGUCGCCUUUUUACGUACAGUAGUAUAACCUGUUGAUCAUUCUACCACUACUUGCUGACUGCGCAUUGACUGGCGCUCGUCAUAUCUCUCUCCUCUUUCUGUAGUUUGUUGUAGGAUUUUUGUGUGCCGCUGUUCGAAAUAUGGAUAUGUCAGACAUCGAUCCGAAUUUUGAACCACAGACACGUGCCAGAUCCAAUACUUGGCCUUUGCCCCGACCAGAAAAUGUGGCCGAUAAAGACGAUGACAAAUCGACUAUGGUUCAAGAUCAUAAUUCGAGUGGAGUUGAUCAAUGUGGCCAACCUCCUAAAAAAAACUCGUCUCGUCGAAACGCUUGGGGUAAUAUGUCUUACGCUGAACUUAUAACACAAGCGAUACAGAGUUCACCGGAACAGAGAUUAACGUUGUCACAAAUAUAUGAUUGGAUGGUACAAAAUGUUCCUUAUUUCAAGGAUAAAGGAGACAGUAAUAGCUCCGCCGGAUGGAAAAAUUCGAUCCGGCAUAAUUUAUCUCUUCAUAGCCGAUUUAUGAGAGUACAAAACGAAGGGACUGGAAAGAGUUCUUGGUGGCUUAUCAAUCCCGAAGCGAAACCUGGAAAAGCGGCGAGAAGGCGUGCCACCAGCAUGGAAACACAAAAGUACGAAAAGAAACGUGGACGGGUUAAAAAGAAGGUUGAAGCUCUUCGAAAUGGAUUGGAUGCCACUCCGAGUCCGAGUUCUUCAGUAUCAGAGGGUUUAGAUAUGUUUCCUGAAUCUCCCAUUCAUCAUAAUUUCCAGUUGAGUCCCGACUUCCGACCUAGAGCUUCAUCCAAUGCUAGUUCUUGUGGACGUCUCUCGCCCAUCCCGGCUGUAGAAACUGAUAUGCACGACAGCCAAGUACCUCCAUUAUCACCAAUUAAUUGGAAUUCUGAUUGUAAUAAUACUGGGUCUGUCUACGGACCAGCGGGUGCCAUGGAUCAUUACGGUACAGAACAAUUGGUAAACAGUCUGGAAGAAAGUAUGAAAAUAGGCACAACUAGUGAUCCGACUUUUAUACCUCCAGACUGUGGGCAGAUCAAAACUAGUCCUACUGGUCAAUUAUCCCCUGUAGUACCUCAACCCAUUGUCGGUACCGGUUACAGCAACAUGGUGCCAUUUGGAUCUCAUUAUAGGAAUAAUGGAAAUGGACAAGAAUACAGGUCAUUUCAAUCUUCUGCCACAGAUAGUGCCACGCUUUCAACAUUGGGCACAACGCCUCUUCGAAGGCAACAAAGUUCCCCCCAGCCACUUUUAGACAAUUCAUAUACCUUGACAAAUCUUCAAGGUGCCAACUCUCCAAAUCAUAAUCUGGAAUUAACUAGUGCCUAUAAUCGACCUCCCCAGGCAAGACCUUUACCGUCUUCAUUUACUUCUCUUCAACAAAGAGCUUGUUUAGAAUCACAAACUGCGGGAACAAUAAUGAGGCAGCAAAGUUUGAACCAUAAAGAAGCGCAGAAUAUAGGAAAUCAGUCAAACGCAUCCUUAUCUACAUCUCUCAGCAGUACAGCUAAUCAAGUGAUGGGUCAUCUUUUAUCGCUCAAUAACCCAUUGCCCAAUGACCUGGAUUUGAACUUUGAUAAUUUGCAAGAUCUAGACUGUGACGUGGACCAAGUUAUACAUCACGAACUAAGUGUUGAUGGAACUUUGGAUUUCAAUUUCGAUCCCAUGAACUCAUCCAUGCCACCCACAACUUUAACAGCAUCAAACCGUCCUUGGGUUCAUUAGAUUACAUAAUUUAGAUCCAUCUUUAAUUUUUCUCCGUGUUUCAAAUUACUCUCUUGUUAUUCAUGUGUGCCACUAUGCGAUUCGUUUUCGCAUUAUCCACUUCAUAAUGAGCCAAUUUGGCUUUAUGAUUGUGGUGUUCCAUCAAAUCGAAAUAAUCUAGAUCACAAGUUUCAUUAUUGGUGUAAAUAUAUCGAAGAAACUUGAAAUUAAAUGCUCUCGAAGAUCUCUAAAGACGUUUAUUCACUUGUUACAUAAGAAUAGCAUCAUCAUUAAAGACGAUGCUCGCCUUCAUCAGCACACCCAAAAUUAAUUAUUAUAUAAAGAAAUAUAUAAAUAUAUAUAAUAAGAUAUAUAUAUCUAUAUAACAACUAUAUUAGUAUAUAUAAACUGGGUUGCCAUAUUUUACAUGAUUCACCAAAAACUUCCUUUAUUCGUCAUUUAAAAUACAAUGAGCUCAUCAUGAAUCAGUUAAGACACUGUAAUUUGUCACGUGCUUCAAUAAUGUCACGUGGUGUUGUGAUUCAAGAAAAACUGUUGUUCGUGUUCGAUAUUACAUUGUUGUUUUCCGAGAAAGAAUAUUGCUUGUAAUUUGAUUUUUGUGCCUACAUUCUGAAAAAGAUACAUACGCCUCUGAUCUAUCUAUCAUAAAGAAUACUAAAAAACGCGCGAGAGUCAUGAAUGCGUUGGUUUAUUGCCUUUAUGAGUUAAAGAAAGAGUUGUAAUUUGAAAUAGUUUCUGUACUGCCCUGUUGGUAUUCGUAAAGGUUUGCUAGUAGGCCUAGUUAAGUUCUUGGAGAGAAAGCUUAAUCACAUGACAUUUAGAUAAUCUUCUGAUUAGUUUUGGGUAAGAUAAGUUAAAUAUGUUAUUGGCACGGAUUGAUAAAUGUUCCGAUGAAAUUAUCGAUACAUGUGAUUCCUAUUGGCAGUGAUAUUAUGUGGUGAUGUUUUUGCAAAUCAAAUUUUGUCACGGGAAAGAUUUUAAAUAGAUUUUUAAGAAAUAUAUAAUAAAAUCAUAUGUGUAUACAUAUAUAUACAUGUAAAUAUAUAUAUAUGUAUGUAUGUAUAAAUAUCAAAAUAAUGGAUAAGUGAUCUUGCCAUCAGGGAUUUAGAAUAGAAAAUAGUGUUUAAUAAUGUAGUGAGAGAUUUAUAUCAACGUAUAUUAAAAAAGUACCUGUGAUGAUGGAGAGUUUUUCUGUGUUAAAACUCGAAGAGGAAACCUAUAUUGCUAAGCACGUUUUUGUAGAAAGAGAAAGAACGGGGAUUCGCUUUGCUUUCUGUCUUUCUUUAUAGAAAUUCUCCUGUUAUAUUGGGAUUAUAUUCCGUGACCUGACAACAGAAAUACACAUGUAAAAAAGUUUCGAUAAAAAUACAGUACCUGCUAAGCCCACAUUGUCUUGAUCAGACUAUGUUGUGCACACUAAGUGUCAAAAAUGAAAUAAAUUACAGAAUCGAUUUUUUGACGUGAA